CGGCACCGCGGCAGUGUUUACAGUAGGCCUUCGGGGCUUACAGGUUUCCAUCAUUGUUUUUGACAGUGGUCAACUGCGAAGGGCUUGCACAAGGGCUAACGCUCUGCCUGCAGACUGAGCGGGAUCUCGCGAGAACGGUGGCGUGGCUGGUUGGCAGUAAGCUUGCAGUAAGACAGAGGGAGAAGGCAGGCAGCAUCAUGGCGGACAGAGACAGUGGAAGUGAGCAGGGAGGAGCAGCCACAGGCCCGGCUGUCGGUUCCGUGCACCCAGUGGCAGGAGGGGCGGGCUCGGCUUCCGGGCUGCAGCACGAGACGCAAGAGCUCGCCUCGAAGCGGGUUGACAUCCAGAACAAGCGCUUCUAUUUGGACGUGAAGCAGAACGCGAAAGGCCGCUUCUUGAAGAUAGCCGAAGUCGGGGCCGGGGGAAACAAGAGCCGCCUCACUCUCUCCAUGUCCGUCGCUGUCGAGUUCCGCGACUACCUGGGCGACUUCAUCGAGCAUUACGCCCAGUUAGGGCCGAGCAAUCCGGACAUGGCGCAGGACGAGCCCCGGCGAGCGCUAAAGAGCGAGUUCUUGGUCCGGGAGAAUCGGAAGUACUACAUGGAUCUAAAGGAGAAUCAGCGGGGCCGCUUUUUAAGGAUCCGACAGACCGUCAACCGGGGGCCCGGUUUGGGAUCCACGCAAGGCCAGACGAUCGCUCUUCCAGCGCAGGGACUAAUCGAGUUUCGCGAUGCCCUCGCCAAACUCAUCGACGACUACGGAGUGGAGGACGAGCCCGCGGAGCUGCCCGAGGGAACCUCGUUAACUGUGGACAACAAGCGCUUUUUCUUUGACGUGGGCUCCAAUAAGUACGGGGUGUUCAUGAGGGUAAGCGAGGUUAAGCCCACCUAUCGCAACUCUAUCACAGUGCCCUACAAAGUGUGGUCCAAAUUCGGGAACACUUUCUGUAAAUACGCGGACGAAAUGAAAAAGAUUCAAGAGAAACAGAGGGAAAAAAGGGCAUGCGAGCUCCAGCAGCAGCAGCAGCAGCAGCAGCAAGAGGAGAUGCACGGAGACGCCGGCGACGAGGAUUGAUAGUGGAAGGAAAACAUGCAAAAAAGAGUAACAUAAAGAGAAAUUAUAAGUAAGAAAACUUUACAGUACAAAAAAAAGAAAGAUACGUAAAAGAUUUAACUGUUUAACUCCAAGGGAGCACUACCCACAAAAAAAUACAAAACCACCACAGACUGACAGUUAAGAUUCAACACCCAUCGCUGGACGUUAUCCACUUACCCAUCAUUAAUACAGUAAGCGGCUGCUAAACAGAGUAAUAACAUUAUAUAUGAACUGUCUUUCCUACUUGACUACAACAGAACUGAGUGUUUUAUUUCCCUUAUUAACCGAGGACUUUUUUACAAAGGUGUUUGCGAAUGUUCACAUGGAGUUAUCGCCGAGUUAUGAGGAAACAAUUCCUUUAUAUGUGAGCUAAUGACUUCAGCACAAAUCAGAUGUUUUCGUUUGUUUUCUUGUUUCUUUUUUUUUUUAUCCAAAAUUGAACAUCACCUGAAGAGGAGGUUGUCAUGGUUGCCAUGCCACUAGAUAUUUACAAGCAUCACAUAUGAGGGCUAGCUAGGGAUCUUGAUGUGACAUUAUCAACCUGUUGAUCAGUCUCUAAGAGGUACAGAGGUCGCUGUGUGCAGGACAGGGUUUGAUCUACAGGACGUUUGUGGUGUGGUGGCUGACCUCUCGGCAAACGUUCUGAGGAGUAUUACCAGUGUAAUUUUUCAACUGAAGUUAUUGUCAUGCAGAUGAUAUGCUAUGUAUUUGUGUCUCGUUGUCAUGCACAGUGUAUAAACAAAGGUACUCCGGUAAGAGCAAUGACAACCGGAACGAAAGAGCUCUUUUUUAACAUAAACGUUAACCCAUGAUCUACCAGACCCCUCGAAUUAAACAUACAAAGUAUCGAAUGAAAAUGCUAAUGUAGAAGACAAAGUAUGAUUUUGUGAAUCAGAUAUAUUUCAGUGGAAAAGAAAACACCCCACGUUUUUAGUGGGGGAUUUGACAAACAAUCUGUAAAAGGGUUAUAUAAAAAAUAUAUAAAGAGAGAUAUAUAUAUCAGUCUACCAAUGAGAGUUUGAGUGGCGCCAAGGAAUGCUGUAGUUGCAUGUUAACCUGUACACAGCCACAUUGAGGUGGAUUUCUCAAUGUUUGUCCUCAAGGACUCUUCUUUGUAAUGUUUUCAAUGUCAAUAAUGUUUGGUCAGGUAGUCGAACUAAUACAGAUAUUCUUUUAAGGAAUGAGUUAAUUAAAGACGCGAGAAGCGUGUGUAAAUAAUAACAAUAUAUCAACUCUUGACUGUUUGAUCAGACAUAAAUGACAAGUCUUUUUUCACGGGGUCCUUGAGGACCUGUGUUGGGAGACCCUGACUUUAAUGAAACUUGUUGGGGAGCAUACUCUUCAGCAUUAAACAACCUGGUGCCUUACAGACUCUGCAUGCUUAUACACUGGCUGGUGCUUUGGAUCUAUGUUUGGGUUCUUGUUUUAUUUCGUUUUCUCAUCUGUUUUGUUUUGUUUGGUCCUGCCCCCUUCUUUAUGCUAUUGCAUAUGUCAUGGUCUAAUGGGCUGGCUUGGUUUCUUAAUGAAAAGAAAAUCGUUGUUCACAGGUUUGAUAGUUUUCCUCGUACAAGGUGUUGGUAAGCAGAUGAGCCUUCUUUUCGAUCAAAUGUCAGCUUCGUGCUGACCAAAAGAAGGUUUGUUUGCGUUUUCUGCUGACCGGGUUUAGCUCGCGACAAAGUUUUUUGUAGUGAGGUUAACUUUAUCGUACAUAGUUUGGCAGCACCGUGUCAUCUGUCACAGACCAAAAGCCUAGUUUGGGUUGUGAGGCCAAGACAUCUUUUUUCCUUUCCCUAACUUUAGUAUUGCUUCACACAAUUUGUCAUUUCGGAAACUCUUGCUCACUACGUUUUUUUUCUUCUCAUUUCUCUUUUAUUUUCUUCCCAGUGCUAUAUUACUGUGUGCAAUAUUGAACGUGCCAAUGUUGGCAAUAUAUGUAUAUCAAUUAAAUAUAUGAUUAAUAUUUGAAAAGCAUGUGGCUGAAACCCACGUUUAUUUCUUUAAAGGUUUUUGUUUCUUUAAAGCCUUCUAUAUGCACAAAAAAGGUGUGUAUCUGGAAAAGAAACCAAGCUUCUUCCAGUUAGGUGAAGUGAACACAUAGUUAGGUGAAGUGAAACAUUUUUGUAAACAUUCAUUUUACAAAAGCACCCCAGUUUUGUCUCUGUUCCUCUUAACAAGGGAGGGAGGGUUAGGGGUUACUGGAAUUGGGAUAUGAAAUGAUGGGGGUGUUAAGGCCUUUGGGUAUGGGGCAAUGAAUAUACAGUAUAUCCUUAAGUUCCUCUCAAAUUCAUGGGAACAUGCUAAUGAAGGUGUGACCUCUUCUGUCUUCAGUGAUUGAUGUCAGUAGCACAUUGCUGUCCUAGCUGGAGAAAAUGUCUGACCAAUGUUUGUUUGAAAAUGAUCUUGACAAGGAAUGCCUUGUGCCGUUUUUUUUCUUUAUCUGUUAACUUAUGUUCCUUCCCUUUGCAAAAAGGAUCACUGAAUUACUCAUUCGGCGGUUAUGCGUCAAAUAUAAUUUAUGUACAUUUUACAAAUUAAAAAAAUUAAAUAAAAGAAAUGUUAAUUUA